CAAGCUGUUACACGCUGGUCCUUCACACACGCGUGGGUGAGAGCCGAAGGGAGAUGACCACACAGCUGAGGUGGGGCGUCCCGCGGUAGAACAGAGCCUGUAACACGAUGAGAUGGUGCGGAGGUCAGAAGAAGAAGUGAUUUAGACAAAUUUAUGGGAGGUAAUCAUAGACCGGUUUAGUUUUAUAUUUGGUGAGAUUGCGUGAAUUGCAAAGAUGAAGUUGAAGUUGUUGACGAGUUGGAUUUUCAGAGGAUGGAUAGUCUGUCUGGUUCUGCUGUUGGAAGUCAAGAUGGGAGACUCCAAACCAACGUGUAAGAACGACCAGUAUCUAAUGAACUCCAGAUGCUGCAGCAAGUGUGGACCAGGAAAUCGCCUGUUUGCUGAAUGCACGGAGACCAAAGACACCGUAUGUGUCAAAUGUAAUGCUGAUGAAUAUCAGUCUGGUUGGACCACAAAGAAAAGCUGUACACCGCAGAAGUACUGUGACCCAGGCAAAGGGUUUCUGCCGAGGCGUCAGAACCUGGAGGCAGAAGAACCCUGCCCCUGUCGUCCCAACUUCACGUGUUCACCAAUCAACUGUGAGUACUGCGAGAGGAUCCACACCUGCAGCUUCGGCUUGGGACUGGAAAUAGUUGAGGAAAAGAAGACUUGCGUUCCCUGUAAGAAAGGAUUUUUCUCCAAUGAAGACAGUACUGACCAGUGCAAACCCUGGACAAAUUGUAAGGCUCUGGGCAGGACGGAGAACCAAGCUGGCACCGCUCAGGCUGAUGCAGAGUGUGGACCACCUGUGUCUAGUGCAGCUCCUUCCUGGGUAAUAGUAACGGUGCUGUCGGUCAUCACUGUCCUCAGCCUCCUCAUCCUCCUGCUCUUCUGCUACAAAGACAAGAUGAAGCUACUUUCUGUAAAUCUACGAUCCUGUGUCCAGAAUUUGAAGAGAACGAGGAUCCAACAAGACACCUUGGCCCCUCUCUACCCCAGCGGAAUGACCGGAGGCCUCAGCAAAGGCGCUCCAUGUGAAACCACUAAACUCGUCUGUCAAGUCCCCCUCACCCCGACCGACGAGCCGCUGUACCCCAGCACUCCCCCCGCCAAAGACCCGCUCCCCCGCACGCUCGAGGUGAUGGAAAAGGAAGCAUCUCGAGAGAAGACCAACUCUGUCGACCUGAGCGAGGGGUCCGGGGAGCCUGAGGAGGUAUCGGAGGACGAGGGGGAGAUGGUCAGCGCGCCUACGACCUCGUGUGGGUGUGUGUCUUCUGUUCAAGAGCCUCUGGAGGUGGGGGAGAACGAAGACUGUAGCCAGGCCGUAGACCCUGGCAGCUUUGGGAUGUGCUGCUGUGGCGGAUCAGACGGAGAGGAGAGAAAGAAAGAAACCGAUAGAGGGAUUAAGACAGAUUUUAUGACGGGACUUGUAUCUGUAGUAUCGCUUUCAUCGUCUAACCCGCCCCCUGAACUCUGCCUUCCCUUGUCCAGAGCUGACACUAAAACUGACUUAAAAACGAACAAUUUAAAACUAGAAGAGCCGUACAAACUCAAAUGCUUAGACUCAACUUCCAUAGACAAUAACAAUAGCGUAACGUCAGCCGUGAGCUCGGUGGGGCCGCUGGUGACGUCCUCGUUUGUGGGGGACAUUUAUCAAGACAAAGCGGAGCCCUCCAGCCCGGGACCGUCCUGCGAGGAGAAGGGGCCGAACAAACUCUCGUCUGGGGACUGCGAAAUCGAGUGCCCACCUGAGAGUCUCCAAAGUCAGCUGGUAGAGCCAACAAAUACCUCAGGUCAAGUGUCUGGAAACCACAACACCACCUUCAUCUCCAGCGGCCAGGUGAUGAACUUCAGCGGUGAUGUCAUUGUGGUUUAUGUCAGUCAAACGUCUCUUGGCAACGAGGAGGCGGGACCGGACGACGCCUUCGGGAGCCCCGUGCAGGAACAAGCCGACGAGACGGCCACGUUUUUCCAGAGCAGCUCAAUGCAGGACUCGAUUACCCAAAGCACUUUGCAGGAGCAGACUCUGCCAGUCCAGGAAGUGAUGGAUGAACGAGCGCCAGAAAAGAGGAAAGGGACAAAAUAGCCAUCUCACAUUUCAAACCAUAUCAAUAAAUGUUUAAGUGCGCAGAGGUCCUCUCAUUAUGGCCUGGACAAUGUCACACUUGCACAGGUGCAUUCUGGAGGGAGUAUUUUAUAUGGAAACCCCCAUUUCCACUGGGGAUUUUGCUGCAGAAGUGAGUGUGGAAAUUAUUGCAGGUCUUAAUACAAAGUUUUAAAAAUGUACCUGGCUUUUGCCCACACAGAUAUCAGGUUUUCUGUUCAGAUCCACUGUGUGGAAAUGUGGUGUGUCUUUUUGAAAUACAGAUACAAAAUAACUUUUUUUUUCUUUUGCUUUUGGACCAAAGAGGUGCGGUACAGGGAACAUUUAGUUCAAAUGAAUCUUUGUUGGUUUUCAGGGUCAAAAGUGUUCAGAGUCGGAGGAGUUCAUGGUUUGAUACUAUGCAUCUCUAAAGUUUGUACAUGACUUUUCUCAUUGUACUUAAAGUGCAGUUUGUGUGUCAAAAAUGCUAUGCAUUUGAUAAGCUAUUUUACUACUGGUUUGUUUUGUUGAAAUGAUGAAAUUUGUUUUCUGUGCAUUCAACUUUAAUGAAGACGAUUUUAAAAUAUGGAGUUUUAAAUAAUUAGUUUGUGAUAAUUGCUGUAAAUAUUUCCAAAGACAUAUCAUGUAAUUGUGAGACAAUGAUGAGAAGGGACACUUGUACAUAUGAAACUUCUGCAGUAAAUGACUGAAAAAAUAUUG